AUGACGGAACUGAAGCUUGUGUAUCGUGGCCUGCGUCAGGUCUCUGACUGGGCUCUGCGCUUCUACUCAGAAAUAUACGUUGAUGGGCAGGAGAAUGUGCCGCUGGACGGUCCUCUCAUUAUCACGCCCUGUCAUCAUAAUGAGCUUUUGGAUAUUGCUACCCUUUCCGUAACCAUCCCCCAUGGCCGUCCAGUAUGCUUCUGGGCGAAGUCGUCCAUGUUCAAGAACCCGCUCGCGCGCGCCAUCCUCCUCUCCUCCGGCAGCAUCCCCGUCGCGCGCAACCCCAACAGCGCCCCGGCCGCGGCGGACUCGGAGCAGCCUGCACAACCGCAAACCUCCGUCCACGAGGCGCUCUUCCGCGGCACGUUCAAGGCGCUGGACAGGGAGGAGGUCAUCGGGGUGUUCCCGGAGGGCACGAGCUACACGGAGCCGUGCAUUGUGCAGGUGAAGGACGGGGCGGCCCGCGCGGCGCUGGAGUAUGUCAAGUGGGCGAAGGAGACGAAGGGCGGGCAGGCGAAGAAGCUGCAGAUCGUCCCUGUUGGGAUUGUGUACACGGACAAGUCGCAGUAUCAGAGCAGGGUCUGCGUGAGAUGGGGAAAGCCCAUAGAUGUGGAAGCGUUCGCGCAGGAAAAGCUUUCUGCGGACUCUGCGCUCUCUACUGAGCUGGACUCUCGCCCUCUCAUCAAAGCUCUGAGCACGGAGAUUGAGAAACGAAUGCUCGACUUGACCAUCAACGCUCCGGAUUGGGACACGCUUUACGCUAUUGAAGCUGCUAGAGAUAUCUUAUGGGACGACAAGGAGCGCCUUGACGCGUCACACUUCGUGUGGAUGUCGCAGAAUCUGAUCAGCCUCUUCACCGAUCCGAACGCGGCGCCCUCCGUAACGAAGGCCAAGCAGUCUCUCCUCAAAUACCACUCCCUCCUCUCCUACUCCAACAUCUCCCACAGCUCCUUAUGGGGCAUCAUCCUUGACCCCUCCGUCCACCCCACCCGCGCUGGUGCACUCGGCAUCUUCGCGCGUCAAGUCCUCACCACCGUCCUGCACCCGCGCUUCAUCCUGUUCCUCCCGACGUUCGUCCUGCACGCGCCAGCGUACGCGACCGGGCUGCUCGCCGACCGCCUCUUCCGCACGCGCGACUGGGAGGAGACGCGCGCACAGUUCAAGGCCAUAUUCGGCGGUGUCGCGGCAAGUGCGGCCUACGCGGGCGUCACCGCGUUCAUCGUGCGGCGGUUGGUCGAAGGCUCGCCUGGGGUCUUGGGCUGCGUGAAGGCGCCGAGGUUCACGCUGCCUGCCUUCAGAGCGUUGUGGACGGUCGGACGGUGGUUCUUCGCUGGGGAUAUUGGGAUAUUGUCUGGCAAAGCUAGGGCUGCGUUGGGUGUUUUUGGUGUCUUUUACGCCACCAGCUUCCUCCUUUCUCGCUGGCACAACUAUUGGGUUGGCUCGAACUACAAGCAAUCAAAGCGUCUUCUCACAUCCUGGAAACUGGUCCUGGGGCUCUUCUCGCCCCACUCCAGCGAUCUCACAGGCGAGAGGCUGGCGCCGUACACAGUGCCCUACAUUCCGCGGCCUAACCCUUACAUCAAGCGGCGCGACGGUGCAGAGACCGAGAGCGAUAGAGCGCGUCUGCCGCACGCUCCGUCGGUGCCCCCGCGCAAGCUCAUUCGGCCGCUACUCGACGCGCGGUCGGAGGCCACGCGUUCGCUGUGGUCCUUCCUCGUCGACUCGAAGUAUCUGCGUGGGCUCGUGACCGCGCGUAUGCGAGGCGAGGCGUGGAUGCAAGUCGGACCGGCGAAUUAGCAUGUAGCACAGCAUUGUUACCGACAACUCCUGGGAUACCCUUGUUCCUGAGUACAGUCGACUCAGGACAGAUCUUGCCGAGCAGAACUAGCUCUUCUUGGAUGAGCAAUAAUACACGAUCGAGAUACUGUUCCACAAAUUUACG